GCUUGUGCAAUGGUGAUAGAGUCGGUGUGGGGGGCGGGCUCACUGCCUACUAGCUUAGCUUAGCCUAGCCUAGCCUAGCUUAGCAUAGCAUCGUCUACCUGGGUCACAACGCUGCGCCUCCGAGCGGUCAAUGGAAAGAGGAGGAGCAGAACGGUGCUUAGGAACCACGGUCCCAGCGCUGGAGUACAUGCAGUAGAAGCGGAGCCAUGGAAUAUGCGGGGACCCAAAACUUGAGCCCCCAACCACCACCAGACCUGCAGGAAGAUGAGAGGGAUUCUGGGGUGCCCCCCCUUAACCACACCCACAUGAAGAAGGCCUUCCGACUGAUGAAUGACCUCAGGAGCAGGAAGAUGCUGUGUGACGUCCUCCUGCUGGCCGAUGGUGUGGAGGUCCCAGCGCACAGGGUGGUUCUGGCCUCCUGCAGUCCCUACUUCUGCGCCAUGUUCACAGGAGACAUGAGCGAGAGCACGGCCCAGCAAGUGGAGAUCCGGGAUGUGGACGGCUUCACGCUGCAGCGGUUGGUGGACUACAUCUACACAGCGGAAAUCGAGGUGACUGAGGAGAACGUGCAGGUCCUGCUGCCGGCUGCCAGCCUCCUGCAGCUGAUAGACGUGCGUCAGAUGUGUUGCAACUUCCUGCGCACCCAGCUGCACCCCACUAACUGCCUGGGCAUCCGUGCCUUCGCUGACCUGCACGCUUGUACCCAGCUGAUGAGCCAAGCCCAGGCCCAUGCAGAGCAGCGCUUCUCGGAGGUGGUGUUGGGGGAGGAAUUCCUGGGCCUUUCCCUGCAGCAGGUCUGCUGCCUCAUCUCCAGCGACAAACUCACCGUGUCCACCGAGGAGAAGGUGUUCGAGGCCAUGGUCUCCUGGAUAAAGCAUGACGAGGGGGCACGGCUGACCCACAUGCCCAAGCUGAUGGAGCAUGUACGACUCCCCCUGCUGUCAUGUGACUACCUGGUGCAGAUCGUGGAGGAGGAGUCACUGGUGAAAAACAACAGCACCUGCAAAGACUUCCUCAUCGAGGCGAUGAAGUAUCACCUCCUUCCUGUGGAGCAGCGGCGGUUGAUGGAGACGGACCGGACGCGGCCGCGGACUCCCAUCAGCCUGCCCAAGGUGAUGAUGGUGGUUGGAGGCCAGGCCCCCAAAGCCAUCCGCGGUGUAGAGUGCUACGACCUCCAGGAAGACCGCUGGUACCAGGUGGCGGACUUACCAUCCCGGCGGUGUAGAGCGGGAGUGGUCUUCAUGGCUGGCCACGUCUAUGCCGUGGGGGGUUUCAACGGCUCGCUGCGUGUGCGCACAGUGGAUGUGUACGACAGCGCGCGUGACCAGUGGAGCUCUGUCCGCAGCAUGCAGGAACGUCGCAGCACGCUGGGGGCCGCCGUGCUGGGGGACCUGCUGUAUGCCGUGGGCGGCUUUGACGGCAGCACUGGCCUAUCCUCUGUGGAGGCCUAUAGCCCCAAGACAGACGAGUGGAGCUCUGUGGCUGCCAUGAACACACGGCGCAGCAGUGUGGGGGUCGGCGUGGUGGAUGGGAAGCUGUACGCCGUGGGGGGGUACGAUGGAGCCUCCCGCCAGUGCCUGAGCACCGUGGAGGCGUACGACCCUGUCACCAAUGAGUGGAGUUAUGUGACUGACAUGAGCACACGCCGGAGUGGUGCAGGGGUUGGUGUGCUGAGCGGGCAGCUCUAUGUAGCUGGGGGGCAUGACGGUCCCCUGGUCAGGAAAAGCGUGGAGGUGUACGACCCCCCCAGCAACGCCUGGAAGCAGGUGUGCGACAUGAACAUGUGCAGACGGAAUGCCGGAGUGUGUGCCAUUAACGGGCUGUUGUACGUGAUUGGUGGGGACGACGGCUCUUGCAACCUGUCCUCAGUGGAGUACUAUAACCCUGCUACAGACAAGUGGAGCCUACUCCCCACGAACAUGAGCAAUGGGCGGAGCUACGCAGGUGUAUCAGUCAUUGAUAAGCCCUUAUGACCAAGAGCUCUGGGUGGCCUGGGGCCUGUACUAUGAAUUGGGGUUACUGGCUUAUCGGGGUAACUUGUCGGAUUUAAGGUAGUCUGGGCAAAAUGUAAAUGAACGAAUAUGAAGUUCAUUUAAACUGUGGUACCUUAAAUCCGACAACUUACCCCGAUAAGCCAGUAACCCCGUUUCAUAGUACAGGCCACUGGUCUUGCAGCCACCCUGGAGGAGACACCGUGUUAGGCUGGCUGAUCCCAGCAAAGACCCAGUUUAGCUUACCAGGAAUGGGUAGAGCCGACUUCCAUCACAGACUUCAUGGUAUCAGCUAUUUUUUCCCCCCUUGAACUUAACAUCUUCAUGAGGAUUGUGCCCCCUACUGAACAGGUAGUGUAGUAGCAUGGGUGAUUUGGGGGAAUUGGCAUUUUCACCACAUGCAUCAUGAGACCAUAAAGGGACCAAAUUAGCAUCUGAAACUGAAGCAGUCCAUGACUUGGAAAUGAACCAUUUUGACUACACUAAAUGGACUACAGGAGGCGGGCCACCCUGGAGACGUGCGCACGAAGGCCUGUCUUUACUACUGACCAGAAAUGCACUGAUUUUUUUACAAUUUUUUUCCAUCUCUCAUGCUUUGAUGUUCAGAGCCUCUCCCAUCUAAGCGUGGAGGCCAUCAGCAAACCCCGUUUUGAAGAGCAGGGCUGGCUGCAGUGGCAGUCAGCUGGCAUGAGAAAUUCAGUUCACCGAAGGGGUGAAUGUGGGGUUCAGUGUAUCUCAUGUAGGUUUCUGAGAGUGAGAUGACAGUGGUCGCUGAUCAUGGGCUGCUGGAAGGAUGGAUUUCCACAUGGACCUGUCCACUGGGAGAUGGGCUAGACCGUUUGCUCACUGAUGUGUCACUUUUUAAGUCGCUCGGAUAGGAACGGACAUCCUAUCCUUGCAGAUCUUUUUUUAUAAAUAGUAAAAACAAAAAACGGUGGUAAGAAAACUGAAAGCUAACUAUGAUUGUUAAUUUUUGUGUAUGUAAAUUAAACAUAUACAUAGAUUUCA